CCCAUCGCCCUCCUCCCCUCCCACAUUCCCUUCUCACCACCUUUCCUCUCCCCGGCCGCCGUCCUCUCUGUCCUCCGCUCCGUCCCCUCCUCUCCCACCACAUGCUGCGGCGGCGCGGGUGCCUCCCCGCGGCGCUGUUGUGGCUCGUCGCCGUGGCGUUGGCGGCGCUCUUGGCGCGGCCGGCGGGCGCGGCGUGGUGCAUCGCGCGGAGCGGGGCGUCGGACAAGGCGCUGCAGUUGGCGCUGGACUACGCGUGCGGGCCCGCCGGCGGCGCCGACUGCGCGCCCAUCCAGGCCAGCGGCCUCUGCUACCUGCCCAACACCCUCGCCGCGCACGCCUCCUACGCCUUCAACUCCAUCUUCCAGCGCUCCCGCGCCGCGCCGGGGGCCUGCGACUUCGCCGGCACCGCCACCGUCACGCUCACCGACCCCAGUUAUGGAUCAUGCACCUACCCUUCAUCUCCAAGCACCGCCGGGCAGUCAGGUUCAACAUCCUCCAUCCCUGGCACCACGUUUAAGUCACCACCGGGCACUGGAGGACUGAGCACACCUGACAUCGAUUCAACCGACUCCAAUGCUGAAGCUCCAGCUGCCGCAUCCUUCUUGUCUCUUGCUCUGUCCUGUUUCAUGUACAUGUUCUUGCACUUGUGGUGAUGCAUGGACGAUCUAGUUAGAGUUUUAGACUCUGUAGAGCAUUGCCAUGUUGCAUUUGCAUCAUGAUAUAAGAGACACCACAACAGUUUUGUCUCAGGGGAUUGGUUGGUUGGUGGUAGCGGUUGUAACCUGCCGUUCAAGUGAAAGGCAAGAGUGCCGUCAGUUGGAUUCCCAGAGGUCAGAGGUGAUUCUCUGCUGAUUUCAGCAGCACCUCUGCCAAACGGUUUUUCAGAAAGAA